GGUCAGAUACCCAUCAUAAGAGUUUAUAAAAGAUUGCAAACAUAACACUUUAAUUCACAUCUCACAUUUAGCACCAUGCAUCAACUUGAAGUACUCAUCAUCUUCCUCCCAUUCCUCCUCGGUUUAACCCUAACAUUCAACUGCUUCGUCACACUCAUUACAUGGAUCUUCAACUCAUGUCUCCGAUCCGACACACACCUCAUCAAAACCUAUGGUUCAUGGGCUUUAAUCACCGGAGCAACUGACGGCAUCGGAAAAGCCCUAGCCUACCAACUAGCACAGAAAAGUCUCAACCUCAUUCUUGUAAGUAGAAACUCUAAAAAACUCGAAACAGUUAAAAACGAAAUCAAAACAAAGUACCCUCGCAUUGACAUUAAAACCAUCACCAUUGAUUUUUCCGAAGACUUUACAGAAAGUCUCUGGGAAAUAGAAGUUUUGGCUAGUGAUUUGAAUCUUGGAAUAUUGAUCAACAAUGUUGGCAUAACAUAUCCUAAGGCUAUGUUUUUUCAUGAGGUGAAGGAGGAAAUGUGGAUGAAGAUUGUGAGUGUGAAUAUUGAAAGUACAACGAGAAUAACAAAAGCUGUUUUGGGAGGAAUGAUGGAAAGGAAAAAGGGUGCAAUAGUAAAUAUUGGGUCUGGUGCUGCGGUGGUUGUGCCUUCACAUCCUCUCUUCACAAUAUAUGCUGCAACUAAAGCAUAUGUAGAUCAGUUUUCAAGAUCUUUAUAUAUGGAGUACAAACAGUAUGGAAUCCACGUGCAAUGUCAGGUACCACUAUAUGUUGCAACAAACAUGGUAUCAAGGGUAGCAUCUAUUGAAAGAGAUUCUUUAUUCAUACCAACACCUGAAGGUUAUGCAAGAGCCUCUAUUCGUAAAAUUGGGUAUGAAACAAGGUGCACACCUUAUUGGGCUCACUCAAUUCAGUGGGCAUUUGCACGCUUAAUCCCUGACCCACUUCUUGAUUAUUGGCGCAUGUCCAUUGGUUUGCGACGUAGGAGUAGUCACAAGAACAAGGACUAGAGUCUAGAAGAAUUAAUUAGGACGUUUAUAUACUCUAUGAAUGAGUUUGAAUUUAACUUGUAUGGAUUGGUUCCUAUCAUCGAUAAAAGAAAAGAUAAUGUUGUAAAUGGUAAAGAUGGUGAAUGUGAUAAUGAAGCAGGAAAUUGUGGACA